AUAGUCCUCAAGAGAAAGAAAAAAUACUUUCACUUUCAUAUGGAUCGCACCUGCGGGCGAUGGCUGACCAAGGAAUAUCAACUCCCAGUGUAAUAGGACUAGUCACUAUAUUCUGUUGCAUUUAUGGCGGACAAUUCGUCAAUGCAGCUGGACCGUCCACCACCCGUUAUGUCAUCACAAACGGCAAUGUCAUUAUCAACCCUGGGAUCCGUGGUGGAGUUUUACAGGAGAUCCUGUGGAAACAUGGUGUAAACAAGGCGGUGGAAUGGGGCACUGGCAGGAUACAGGAAUUUCAGGAUUUUGAAGGGAAGACAUCCUUGAACACCACGACAGGAGAAAUCACUAUCAGACAGCUGACCAAGCAGCUCAGUGGGGUGUAUGAGGCAGAGUGUGUGAUUGGUCAAAAAAUACAGACCUUUCAGCAGAGAGUGGAAGUGAUUGACCCAGUAUCACAACCUGAAGUCACCUGUGAAUUGAACGGUACCAUGGCAACAAUUCACUGCAGUGCUGAGGGUCCACUGUUGGAAUACCGCUGGUCUUGGCCUGACCACCAGGGGGAGAUGUGGAGCCAGGAGCAGAAUGGACAGCACUACAACAUCAAAUCCCCAGAGUCAGUCAGCUACACCUGUGAGGCCAGGAACCCAGUCAGUGAGAAGACACUGACCUACAGCAGCAAUGACUGUCUGGCUACAGGUAAUCCUGAGAUCUACAUCUACACUGGUAUUUGUGCAGGUGUCUUGUUGGUUGCUGUUGUGGUUGCUGUUGUGGUCUGGCUCGUCAAGAAGCGUUCCAAAGAUUUGCGGAGCACAGGGAAUGCCAGCCAUCUUGAAGAGGGUCGAGAGAAGACGGUGGAAAUCAGCCAGGCAGAGAUUGUGAAAGAGGAGAAUAAGCUAUUACUAGAUGAAGAACUAAAGGACAGGGUCAGUCAGAUCAACCAGACCAGUGAGGCUGUGAAAACUGGAGAGAAGAAACCAUUACUAGACAAGGCAGGAUCCACUGAUACAGAUGUUAUUGUGAGUAAUAUCCCGUUCAAACUGAACAACCAGAAUCAGGUUUGGGGUCGGGAGUCCGGAAAGAAACAGAGGGGAAAAAAAGAGCAGAACACAGAAUCCAAACAGAACAUGAAUGUUACCUUGGAGACUGUUACCCAAGAUUCUGUCCAAACUGCUCCUCCAAAACCACCUCGGAGCAGCCUUAACUAUAAUUCACCGUACCCACAGACUCUGGAGACACAGCACAGCAGAGAGCAUCAUGGGAGAGGAACUGACCAAAGCAUGGCUGGUUAUGGCACAGAGAGAGAGGGAGCGGGAGAUGGACAGCUUAUGCCCCAGAAAGUCCUCAUCUUAGACACAGAGGAAGAGAGUGGAGGAAAGGAGGAGGGGACAAGAGAGGACGGAGAAGAUGUUGAGAAAGAGAAGGUAGGAGGAGAUGAUUCAGUGACAGAGGAGGGAGAGGGGCAAGAAGAUACAGAUAGGAGAGAUGAUGGAGGAGAAAGAAAUGGACAAGAGAGAGAGACUGAAAAUAAUGAAGAAGAGCAGGUGAAAGGAGAGGGAGAAGAAAGAGGGAAGAAAGGAGAAGAGACACAGAAGGGAGAGAAAAGAAAGAGCCCAACUUCUCCCAAACAAACACUCCCCCAAAAAGCCCCCCCACCACCUCUCGCCCCAAAACCAUCAUCUAUAAGACAUGUUAACCAGAUGCGUGUAGAACAAGGAAGCGUAGUGAAGACAAUGGAAACCCAGAGGAGCAGUGGUCAGGUAGACAGAGAGAGAGGAACACCUGACCCAUCAGGUCUGAGGAGACCCACUAACUCAGUGUCAGACAGUACAGACACUCCUGAUAGAAGCAGUCCAGGAUUGUCAGCUGUUUCUGUAGUCACAGCAUUUAGUCCAACGGUGGGCAGUGGUACUCUAUCCAAUCCAGUAAACUACAGUUCAGGUGCACCCUCCAGACUAGGAGACACCAGUUCAGGUGCACCCUCCGGACCAGGAGACACCAGUUCAGGUGCACCCUCCGGACCAGGAGACACCAGUUCAGGUGCACCCUCCGGACCAGGAGACACCAGUUCAGGUGCACCCUCCGGACCAGGAGACACCAGUUCAGGUGCACCCUCCGGACCAGGAGACACCAGUUCAGGUGCACCCUCCAGACCAGGAGACACCAGUUCAGGUGCACCCUCCGGACCAGGAGACACCAGUUCAGGUGCACCCUCUGGACCAGGAGACACCAGUUCAGGUGCACCCUCCAGACCAGGAAACACCAGUUCAGGUGCACCCUCCAGACCAGGAGACACCAGUUCAGAUACAACUUGUACAGCAAUAGACAGUAGCUCAGAUACUCUGUCUACUACAGAGGAAAAUGUACCAACAGAGACCAGUACAGCUACAGCCUCUCUACCAGGAGAAACCAGUUGAAAAGCACUUGUUGAAAAAGUUUGUUAAACAAAAAUGUUAGGCUCUGUACGGGGAUGCUUUGUUUCUCUUAUAUUUAUACAAUUCUUUUAUAGGGUAUUUAAAACCAAAUACCUUUAGACUUUUAUCUUAGUCAUUUUCUAUUAAAGUAUCUUUACCUUUAGUCAAGUAUGACUUUUGGGUACUUUUUCACCACUGUAUUAUAGCACAUCAAGAUAAUGUAUUGUGUUGGUACAGUAUACAGUACAUUUUUCAUACCAACUUACAUUUUGUAUAUUUAGGUGCAUUUUAUUAAGAAAAACAUUUCAUGAAGAGCUUAUUUGAUUCUUUACACGGUGUGAGGGCUGAUACUUUGCUAUAUAAAAAAUAAUACAUA